UCAGAAGCUGGCUUUGACCACCUUGCUUCCUUCUCUUGGGAUGCCUCCCUCAGGGGUUCCCGAAUGAGCAGAAUUGGGUUUGGUUUUGCAGGGACCGCUGACAUUUGGGGAUGUGGCCGUGGCCUUUACCUGGAUUGAGUGGAGACACCUGGAUGCUGCUCAGCGGGCCCUGUACAGGGAUGUGAUGCUGGAAAACUAUGGGAAUCUGGUGUCUGUGGGGCUUCUCUCUUCCAAACCAAAACUAAUUACUCAGUUGGAGCAAGGGGCAGAGCCCUGGACUGAGGUGCGAGAGGCUCCAUCAGGCACACAUGCAGUCCAGGAUUACUGGUUUGAAACAAAGAUGUCAGCCCUAAAGCAAAGCACUUCUGAAGGAUCCGUUCUGGGAGGGCGAAUGAAAAGUGUCAUGAUGGAAAAAGGCCUGGGCUGGGAGGGCAGAAGCUCCACAGAGAAGAACUAUAAGUGCAAGGAAUGUGGGAAAGUCUUCAAAUACAAUUCGUCCUUUAUUAGCCACCAGAGAAAUCACACCAGCGAGAAACCACAUAAAUGUAAAGAAUGUGGGAUCGCCUUUAUGAACAGUUCAUCCCUGUUAAAUCACCAUAAGGUUCAUGCAGGCAAACAGCCUUAUAGAUGUAUUGAAUGUGGGAAGUUCCUGAAGAAGCACUCAACGUUUAUCAACCAUCAGAGAAUUCAUUCUAGGGAGAAACCCCACAAAUGCAUUGAAUGUGGAAAAACUUUCAGAAAGAACUCAAUCCUUUUAAGUCAUCAGAGAAUUCAUACUGGCCAGAAACCCUACAAAUGUAAGGACUGUGGGAAAGCCUUCGCUCAGAAUGCAGCCCUUACUCGUCACGAAAGAAUACAUAGUGGAGAGAAGCCUUUUAAAUGUAACAAGUGUGGGAGAGCUUUCAGGGAUAACUCUACUGUGUUGGAACAUCAGAAAAUCCAUACUGGUGAGAAGCCAUAUCAGUGUAAUGAAUGUGGAAAAGCCUUUAGGAAGAGCUCAACUCUUAUUAGUCACCAAAGAAUGCAUACUGGGGAGAAACCCUAUCACUGCAGUAAAUGUGGAAAAUCCUUCAGGUAUAGCUCAUCCUUUGCUGGUCAUCAGAAAACUCACAGUGGAAAUAAACCGUAUCAGUGUCAUGACUGUGGGAAGGCCUUUACAAAGAGCUCAACCCUUACUGGACAUCAGAGAAUUCAUACUGGAGAAAAACCCUAUCAUUGUAGGAAAUGUGGGAAAGCCUUUCGGCACAGCUCAGGCCUUGUUGAACAUCAGAGACUCCAUACUGGGGAAAAACCUUUUAAAUGUAAUGAAUGUGGGAAAGCUUUUCCCCGAAGUUCAGCCCUUAAACAACAUAUGAAAAUUCAUAAUAAAGAAAGAGCCAUGAGAUGUAGUUAGUGUGGCAAAUUGUGCAGAGUAGUUUAUUCCUUCUGACCAUCAUAGAGGAGACAUUAAAUAAAUUACGCAUUUAACAGAAAUACUCUGUGUACUUCUGAGAGAACAUAUCACUUGUGAGGAUAUUCAUUGUGGGGUUCUACUAGUGAAACAUUUGAAGAAACUAAAUGUAUGUCAGUAUGGAAGUAGUUAUAGCAUACUGUGUGCUAAUUGAAAAGAAUGAGGUGGAGCUGUAAAUACUGUAGAAAGCCAGGCAUGGUGGCAUAUGCCUGUAGUCCCAGUUACUUGGGAGGCUGAGACAGAAGGAUUGCUUAAGCCCAGGAGUUUGACUCUGUAAUGCACUAUGAUUGUGCAUGUGAAUAGCCACUGCACUCCAGCCUGGGCAACAUAGCAAGACUCCAUCUCUAAGUAAAAAAAUGCAACAGUAGAAAUAUACCCAUGAUAAUAUACUCGAUAUACGCUUGUUAAAGAAGCAAGUUUCAGGAAAUCUAUAUUAUAUGCAUUCAGAAAGACCUGGAAAGAUAAAGACCAAUCUUAACAACA